AUGGGCUUUUGUAUGGCCCACUAUGCCCACUGCGAUGCUCUUAUGCAGGUGUCGGCAGACAAGGGUUUGACCCAGGUUUUGUCUGGAUGUAACCAGCUGCUUAUCUGGAUUUUGCAGAUCCAAGGUAUGCCCUAUGGGAACUGUUUACUUCUCAGCGACGGUCCCGUCAAUAACAGCACUGGAAUCCCUUUCUUUUAUGUGACACCGAAGGAUAACACUGUGGCAGAUCUCCUGAAGAAUCCCGUGGCUUCUCUGACCCUGCCAGAGGCAGACGGAAAUUUCUGCAGAAAAAAUGUAAUUGAUCCAGAGGAUCCAAGGUGCGCCAGGCUGACUCUCACGGGACAGAUGGUCACAGUGCCUCCGGAGGAAGUGGAAUUUGCCAAGCAAGCAAUGUUUUCCAGGCACCCGGUAGUAAGAAAGUGGCCUCGCAGCUAUGAGUGGUUCUUCAUGAAAAUGAACAUUGAGCAUAUCUGGCUUCAGAGCUGGUACGGAGAAGUUUCUGCCGUUGCAGUAGAAGAGUAUUUAAAAGCAGUUCCAAGUAAAGGAUGAUUGAAUGGGCUUCAAGAUAGAGAUCUUCUGAGUUUCCUUUCCAAACACUUUUAAAAUUUCAUGCUGGAUGG